UCGAGCAUUUAAAUGGCUGUGUUUUGUUAGCAUUUCAGUCACUUCAAGUUCCACCUCAAGUCAUAGAUGUAUCCAGUCCUGGUAAUAAUUUGUUCUUAAGUUUAUCUAUUUGUUCCAAUACUGUUACUUUUGAUACUUCAAUUUCUGAUGGUACCUACUGUUUAUUACCUCAAAGAGUAGAUCUUGGAGUGGCGUCUUCAACAUUUUUAGGGGUGAAGAGCAAAUCCCAACUCAUUUAAUUUCUUUGUCCUCCUCCAUUGACUCCCUGCUGGGCCUGGUAACAGUGUUAAUAUUUAGUACAUGUAAUUGGCAAAGAAACAGUCCAGAGUUGGCAUCUGAUUAAUUCUCUGUUCACCAUCUUUUUUCUGUGUUCUCUGUGUAACAUUGAUUACUUUUAACAUACACAAUAUCAAGCAUACCUUUUUGUACCUGUUUAAGUUCUUUAGUGAAGCUUGCUGGGCUAAGAAGCUGUUUCACCUACACUUCCAAGCCAGAAAAGAAGACCUUUUUUCUGAGCUCAUGUAAUUUCAAUGAGUGUAUUGUGUCCCUAAGUGCUGGGCGCAAAGGCAUGGUGAGUAAAUACUGCUGCCAGCAGAUUUGAAAAAAACAAAUGUAGUGACAUAAGCCUGAAACUGAAAAGCUGUCCAAGUUGAGCUAUGAAUUCCCCUCUUGCAGUCUGGGUGCUAUUGAUACCUUGGACAUUUAGCAGCUGCAGGAAUUAGGCUUGUGAAUGGAGUCCCUUGUCUGUAUCAACUGAGCCAAUUAGAAGUGUCUUGGUUUAGCCAACAGGAAAUGACACUGCAGCCAGUACCUAAAUAUAGUGUGUACGCAUGCAUAUCUGUGAUUACAUACACACUUUCUUCCACUCAGAAGAUCUCUCAGAAACUGGAGAAGCCAGAGAGACAGAGCUGGCACAACUAUAACUCUCAGCAUAAAAGAAGACUGAGUUGUUUUGCUGUGAAUAUCAGAUUCACAGCGUGAGAUCUCAAGCUCUAGACAUGAGAACCAGAAAAACCUUAAUGCUAUUUCCUGGUCUGCUCUCAUUUUUAUGGGGCUGAGGGGCAGGAGUAUUUACGCUUGAGCUUGUAAUUUCUUGGAAAGAAAGGAAAAAUUUCAGCUUAUUUGCUCUUUCAACAUAAAUGCAUCUGAAGGAGUGAGGGGCAUGAAAGACUUCACAUUUAAAAAUAUUUUUCUUGUGUUUAAACAAACAAAGUAUUAUGAAAUCUGUUUUGGUCAAACAAAGAAAAUAGCUAUAAUCUUGAACGGCAUGUGGCAGUUGGUGCUACACAUAUGAGUUUUUGGAAAUUUUGUUAAAGCCAGAGUGUAUUGGUGUUUCCAGUGACUGCAUAGACUUGGUAGUUAUUGAAUAUUCAUUGUGGUUUGAUGGAAUUGAGCAGUGAGUCCUGUGCUAAUGAGCAUCUUGGGAUUGCGUUUAAGAGUUAAACUGAUGUACUGGAAAUUCAGAUUGUAUCAGCUCACCUGGGGAACUUUGCCCUCGGAAUAUCCUCAGAAAGAGGCCCUUCACCGCCCCUAUGGUUGUGAUGUUGAACCCCAGGCACUGAAUGAAGCCAUCAGGUGGAGCUCUAAGGAGAACCUGCUUGGAACCACUGAGAGCGAUCCCAAUCUUUUUGUUGCACUUUAUGAUUUUGUAGCAAGCGGCGACAACACACUCAGCAUCACCAAAGGUGAGAAGCUACGAGUCCUGGGUUACAACCAGAAUGGUGAAUGGAGUGAGGUAUGUUCUAAGAAUGGGCAGGGAUGGGUGCCAAGCAACUAUAUCACACCAGUGAACAGCCUGGAGAAGCAUUCCUGGUAUCAUGGGCCCGUGUCACGCAGUGCAGCCGAGUAUCUGCUGAGCAGUCUCAUCAAUGGCAGCUUCCUGGUUCGUGAAAGUGAGAGCAGCCCAGGGCAGCUGUCCAUCUCCCUCCGGUACGAGGGGCGUGUUUACCACUACAGGAUCAAUACCACCGCAGAUGGAAAGGUGUAUGUGACAGCUGAAAGCCGCUUCAACACAUUAGCAGAGCUAGUUCACCAUCAUUCUACAGUGGCAGAUGGACUGGUGACAACCUUGCAUUACCCAGCACCCAAGUGCAAUAAGCCCACAGUCUAUGGAGUGUCCCCCAUCCAUGACAAGUGGGAGAUGGAACGAACGGAUAUCACCAUGAAGCACAAACUUGGGGGAGGGCAGUAUGGUGAAGUGUACGUUGGUGUCUGGAAGAAAUACAAUCUCACGGUUGCGGUGAAAACACUAAAGGAAGAUACCAUGGAAGUGGAGGAGUUCUUGAAAGAAGCUGCUGUGAUGAAGGAAAUCAAGCACCCAAAUCUAGUGCAAUUAUUAGGUGUAUGCACCCUGGAGCCACCCUUUUACAUUGUGACGGAAUAUAUGCCAUAUGGGAACCUGCUGGACUACCUACGAGAAUGCAACCGGGAGGAGGUGAGCGCUGUCGUGCUGCUCUACAUGGCCACUCAGAUCUCCUCUGCUAUGGAGUACUUGGAGAAGAAGAAUUUCAUCCACAGGGACCUAGCGGCUCGAAACUGCUUGGUAGGAGAAAACCACGUGGUGAAGGUGGCUGACUUCGGCUUAAGUCGAUUGAUGACUGGAGAUACCUACACAGCUCAUGCUGGAGCCAAGUUUCCUAUCAAGUGGACAGCACCUGAGAGCCUGGCCUAUAACACCUUCUCAAUUAAAUCAGAUGUGUGGGCCUUUGGGGUGCUAUUAUGGGAAAUUGCCACCUACGGGAUGUCACCAUACCCAGGUAUUGACCUCUCACAGGUGUACGAUCUGCUGGAGAAGGGAUAUCGGAUGGAACAACCAGAGGGGUGCCCGCCAAAAGUUUAUGAACUGAUGAGGGCAUGCUGGAAGUGGAAUCCCCCAGACCGACCAUCCUUUGCUGAGACCCAUCAAGCCUUUGAAACAAUGUUCCAUGACUCCAGCAUCUCUGAAGAGGUGGCAGAGGAGCUUGGAAGAACAGCCUCCUCCUCAUCCAUAGUUCCCUACUUGCCCCGGUUACCCAUGCUUCCCUCCAAGACUAGGACUCUGAAGAAACAGGCAGAGAAUAAGGAGAAUAUUGAAGGAACACAAGAUACUGUGGAGCAUUCGGCUUCCAGCUCAGCACCAGGGUUUAUCAGAAGCACACAGCCAACAAGUGGAUCUCCAGCACUGCCUCGCAAACAAAGGGACAAGUCCCCCAGCGGCCUCUUGGAAGAUGCCAAAGAGACCACUUUCACCAGGGACAGAAAGGGUGGCUUUUUCAGCUCCUUUAUGAAGAAGAGGAAUGCCCCCACUCCUCCAAAGCGUAGCAGUUCCUUCCGUGAGAUGGAGAAUCAGCCCCACAAGAAAUAUGAGCUCACGGGUAACUUUUCAUCUGUUGCUUCCUUGCAGCAUGUUGAUGGAUUUUCUUUUACUCCCACCCAGCAGGAUGCAAACCUGGCCCCAGCCAAGUGCUACAGUGGGGGCUUUGCACAGAGGAACUUCUACAGUGAUGACAGUGGUGGUACCAGCAGUGGUGGGAGUGCAAGCACUGGUGGUGGGUGGUCAGGCAUCACAGGUUUCUUUACACCACGCUUAAUUAAAAAGACACUGGGUUUACGAGCAGGGAAACCCACGGGUGCCGAAGAAGCUUCAAAGCCUUUUCCAAGGUCAAAUUCUACAUCUUCCAUGUCUUCGGGGCCUCCCGAGCAGGAUAGGAUGGCAAUGACUCUUCCUAGAAAUUGUCAGAGGUCAAAAAUCCAGCUGGAAAGGACAGUGUCCACCUCCUCUCAGCCAGAGGAGAGCAUAGGUAGAUCCACUGACCUGCUUCCCAAAAGGCUUGAAGAAGGCCCUGCUCUGACCAGAGAGAGACCGAAAGCCAAACUCUUGCCAAGAGGUGCCACCGCUCUUCCAGUCAGAACCUCUUCAGGGGAUUCAGCUGUUGCAGAGAAGGACUGUCCAGGUCUGGCAACAACCACCCCUAAGAGCAAAGAAAAAAACAGUGGUACACGGCAAGGGGCCCUAGAAGAUGGAGAGAGACCAGGAUGGUCUUCUCCAGCAAAGGCUGCAGCAAUACUUCCAACCACUCAUAACCACAAAGUGCCAGUCCUAAUCUCACCCACUCUAAAACAUACUCCAGCAGACGUGCAGCUUAUUGGCACAGACUCUCAGGGUAAUAAAUUUAAGCUCUUAUCUGAGCAUCAGGUCACAUCUUCCGGCGACAGGGACCGGCCCAGACGGGUAAAACCAAAGUGUGCCCCACCUCCACCACCAGUGAUGAGGCUCCUGCAGCAGUCGCCCGUUUGCUCAGACACAGCAGAAGAGUUGAGCAACACCGCAGCAGCGCAGCAUGGACUGGAAACAAGUGAAGGUGGUAAAAAGGCAGUGGUGGCACAUGGUGGUGGAAAAGCUGGGAGGCCCAUGAUGCCGCCCCCUCAAGUGCCUCUGUCAUCAUCUUCCACCUCACCAGCGAAAAUGGCCAAUGGCACAGCGGGUGCUAAAGUGGCAUUAAGAAAGACCAAACAGGCGGCUGAGAAAAUCUCAGCGGACAAAAUCAGCAAAGAGGCGCUGCUGGAGUGUGCAGACCUCCUCUCGAGUGCCAUUGCCGAGCCAACGCCAAACAGCCAGCUGGUGGAUACGGGGCACCAGCUGUUGGAUUACUGCUCAGGCUAUGUGGACUGCAUCCCACAAACACGCAACAAAUUUGCCUUCCGGGAAGCCGUGAGCAAACUGGAACUCAGCCUGCAGGAACUGCAGGUGUCCUCAACAGCUGCUAGUGUGCCCGGAGCAAACCCCGUCCUUAAUAACUUAUUGUCAUGUGUCCAAGAAAUCAGUGAUGUGGUUCAAAGGUAGCUACUGUCAAUCUGGGUAAAGGAAAAAUUACACAUGGAGGGGAAACUCUGUUCCUGUAUUGAUGCUUUCAAAAGGAAAGACUGAUACUUGAGUGAGUUUUUGUGAAGUACCUCAGAUCACUGAGUUCUCCUCACGUUUACAGUUUCAUCUCAAAAAUAGGGGGAGGGAGGGAGGAGACACUGGAGGAAGGGGUGUGUGUGAGAGAUUGAAGCUGAAAGGGCAGAAUCUCAAGAAUUUUCCCUAACCAGCAAAUCUGAUCUACUUGUGUCUGCAAGUGAGAGAAGUUCCUUGCUCUUGCCUGUAAGAGGCAGGAGAAUCGAUGGUGGGUUCUUUUGGUAGGGGUGGUUUCCAUGUGCUAUCCAGAGUCCUGGAGUGACUGCAUGGCCAGCUGGCUGUAGAGAUCCUCCCCUUUCUGCACUAAUGCAUAUUUUGGCCUCUAGAGAUCACAAGGGAAAGGCAGUAGGGCACGGUUGGUACCUAAUGCUGAGAAUUCUGAGCCUGAGUCCGAGAGGCGGGAGAGUCUGUGUGGUUGUGGGGAAAGAGGUAACGCACUGAUGGUGUUCAGAGCUGCUGGAAGUGGAUGCACUAGCCCAGGUGGCAUACUUCCACAGUACUGCUGCUGCUUUAGUAAGAACUGCAAAAUGAGUUAAUAUAUUAAACUAACCCCUUUCCCUCCCACCCACUUCAUGCCAUUACACAUUUAUAUUUAAAGCAUCAGGCAUGCUGGGCAGAUUUGCCACUGAUUACCUGCCCUGCUCCCCCCUCCAAAACACAAACACACAGUCUUCACUUUGGUUGAUUCUAACCAUAUCUGGUAGUCUAGCAUGGGUGCUACCUGACAGUUGGUCACUUGUGAGUAGUUUGAGGCUGUUGCACAACUUACCAGUGUCUGUUGAUAAACUGUAGCUUGUUUUUAACUUUGGUACAAUGUUGGUUCCUUCUUCUGUGUGGUCACUUGGAGAUGCACAGUUGCCAAGGCACUGCCUCCUGUCAAUGCAAAAUCUCACUGCUCUCUACAUUCCUUUGUAGCAUUGAAAGUGCUGACACUAAUACAGCCAUCUUGGGAACCAGCAAUAUAGCCUUACUGGCCCUGUAGUCUCACUGUGUAACAGCCUUCUCAACAUUAGCUUUGUGGGAGUUGCUCCACAAGCCCUGGCCUUUCCAAGUCACUAGGCUGAAUAUAUACGUAAGAUGUCUCCACAGUCUUUCUUUUAAAAUGCUAGAAAUCCAACAGCAGUUUGUGCUGUGGAACGUAGACAGUUCUUCCUACUAUAGCACAGCAGAAUGUGAUGAUGACACAACUGCUUUGUUUUAUAGAGCACCAGUGUUUGUGUUGAUAUUCAUCAGUUCUAUAGUGGAUUAAAAAGCUGCUGUCUAAUGGGGUUACAUGGUGACUGGGGUCAGUAAUUGCCAUAGGCCAUAUCCUGAGCUCCUCGGUGUUUUAUUCAGCCUCCCCUUGAAGCCCUUGGGAGCUUGCCUGAGUAAGAGCUUCACAAUUGGGCCCAGUGUGUGUGUGGAAAAAGGCCUUGCCUGCUAUUUGUGCUGUCACUUAAAAGGAGAUAAUGUGUGACCAAAGCACCACUGCAGAAUGUCUCCAAUACAGUAUGCUCUGCUCUGGCAAGUGGUGGGUUUCACUUUUUCACAAAUGCAAGUGACAGGCUGGUAAUCACCACUUUGUUUUAAAUGCACAAUACACCACUUCCAGAGGCCGCCACAAAUGGCGAUGAGUGACUAGAACAUGCUCAGAAACCUCCUCCUUUAUUCUAUGUGUGCAGCACGCUUUCCAGUACCUUAUGCAGGUGGAUUUUGCAUGGAUGGUCAGCGGAGCUGGAGGACAGAAAAAGAUCUUUAGCCUAUUCCAUAUUGGUAGCAAAUUAUAGAUUACUGAACACCUGAUUUAUUUCUCUCUCUAAAAUUAAAUGUCUAUACCAAAGGGUCACUCUUCCAACAUGUGUGUUGUGCACAGGGGUUAAAGAUUAUGAUCAGCUCAGCACACAGUUUGUAUCAGUAGUGAAUUCAUUGAGGACAAUAUUGGAUUAAACUAAAAACACCUUAAUCACCAAUCACACUACCAGUGUUGUCAAUUGUUUUGUUUAAUAAUUGUUGUUGUAAUAUAUUUUUGAUUGUUUUUUAAUUUAAUUUUCACUCUAUUGUCUGACUGUGAACUGCAAACAGUGUUAAACUUGAUGUAAAUAAGGUUUUGCCUGUCGUUCCACAAGUUUUGCCAAUUUGCAUUUUGUUUUAAAUAAAAGUUGCAAUAUUUUAUUGGCAAAUAAA